GACACGGUCAACGCCCCCGCCGCGGCCCUCGUCGCGGACCCCGCCGUGGACCCCGCCACUGCCGGAGCACCGCCAGGGAUGGAGGUGGCCGCGGAGGACCCCGAGAUGGACGCAGCCUCCUACAUUGUGGAAAAUGCCGACCCCGCCGUGGUUGAGCAGCCUGCCCUGAUCGUGCUGCUACCCGAGGUCCGCGAGGACGUCAAGGAGCGUGCCGCCGACGUCAGCUUCGACGCGCCGCACGAAUCUGCGCGCCACGCUGCUGCAGAGGAACCUGCCGCCGAGGCCGCCGCCGACAUCACGACCGCGACGCUCACGACCGAGCUGCCCCCGGAGGACGCGGAGGCCUACGGCGAGGCCGUCACCAGCUCCGACCCGCCGGCCACGAGGCCGCUGCUUCGUGGCGAGGCCGGCGGCGCCACGUGGCGCAGCAGUCCCAGGUCGACGUCGACGUCCUUCCGGAAGCCGUUCCGGCCGCGCGCGGACGCCGCGCCGCCCGCCUGGAAGCAAUCAACACCUCUGCGUAGGGCUCACUUAGCACGUUGUUGA